AGGGAACCCGGGACAGUACAGAGGAGCGGGGCGGGGUCGGCGGGUGUAGGCGGGCCCCUGAGGCAGGGAGGUGGGGCCCGGCGGGUGCAGGAAGAGCCCUCAGAAGGCCGGCGAGAGAGCCCGCUGGAGCCGCGGGAGGGCGGAGCUCCACCGCGUAGGACCAAGGCCUGCGGCCGGGGGCGGGGCGGACCCCGCAGACCCGCGGGCCACCUGGGUCCUGUGGUAGUUGGUGGCCGGCUGCGCUCAGUCCCUCAGCUCCAGCAGCUCUGGCCGAGUCUGCGCAAUGAGUGACCCGAAAAGGCCGGAAGCGGCCAGGCCCGAGCAGGAUGAGAGAUUAUCUUCAGAUACCAGUGAAAAUGAAGUGACGUCAAAUGAGGAACCACUUCUAAGAAAGAGUUCUCGCCGAUUUGUCAUCUUUCCAAUACAGUACCCCGAUAUCUGGAAGAUGUAUAAACAGGCACAGGCAUCGUUUUGGACAGCAGAAGAGGUCGACUUAUCAAAGGAUCUCCCUCACUGGAAUAAGCUAAAGCCAGAUGAAAAGUAUUUUAUCUCUCACAUCUUAGCCUUUUUUGCAGCCAGUGAUGGAAUUGUAAAUGAAAAUUUGGUGGAACGCUUUAGUCAGGAGGUACAAAUUCCAGAGGCUCGUUGUUUCUAUGGCUUUCAAAUUCUCAUCGAGAAUGUUCACUCAGAGAUGUACAGUUUGCUAAUAGACACUUACAUAAGAGAUCCAAAGAAAAGGGAAUUUUUAUUUAAUGCAAUUGAAACAAUGCCAUAUGUCAAGAAAAAAGCAGAUUGGGCUCUGCGGUGGAUAGCAGAUAGAAAAUCUACUUUUGGAAAAAGAGUUGUGGCCUUUGCUGCUGUAGAAGGAAUUUUCUUCUCAGGAUCUUUUGCUGCUAUAUUCUGGCUGAAGAAGAGAGGUCUUAUGCCUGGACUUACUUUUUCCAAUGAACUCAUCAGCAGAGAUGAGGGACUUCACUGUGACUUUGCUUGUCUGAUGUUUCAAUACUUAGUAAAUAAGCCUUCAGAAGAAAGAGUCAGGGAGAUCAUUGUUAAUGCUGUCGAAAUUGAACAGGAGUUUUUAACAGAAGCCUUGCCUGUUGGCCUCAUUGGAAUGAAUUGUGUUUUAAUGAAACAGUACAUUGAAUUUGUAGCAGACAGAUUACUUGUGGAACUUGGAUUCUCAAAGAUAUUUCAUGCAGAAAAUCCCUUUGAUUUUAUGGAAAACAUUUCAUUAGAAGGGAAAACAAAUUUCUUUGAGAAACGAGUUUCAGAGUAUCAGCGUUUUGCAGUUAUGGCAGAAACCACAGAUAAUGUCUUUACCUUGGAUGCAGAUUUUUAAUACCCUCCCCUAUUUUAUUUUAUAACCUUAUUACCCUGUCUUCUGCUAAAUAGCAGUUUGUUUUCCUCUGUUGUGUGUAUUUUUGUUUUUGUUUUUAACUUAAAAUUUGUCCUUUAAAGACAUGGUGGGGGGCACUGCUAAAUAUUAAAUUCAAAGCCAAAUUUGAGUUGGGUUUCUAUAAAUGCAUUCUGAUUUUCCUGUAUAACAACUGGAAUGUUACACCCAAAUGCUUUUGUUUUGUCACUAGGACUGUAAGAUGACAUUACAUUAUGUAAUGGUUAAGAGCAUGGGGCAAGGAGUCAGAUAUGAGUUUGAGAUUUUUCCUUUAGUCUUUUGUGUGAUCCUUGGCAAGUCAGUUCAUCUCUGUAAACCGCAGUGUACUUAUCUUUAAAAUGAGCAUAAUAGUGAAUCUUAAGGUCACAGAAUAGACAUGAGGAUUAAGAUAUAAAAACUAAGUGCUUAACCAACAGUACUAUGAUUAGUAUCACUGUUAAUCAUUAUCAUCAUUUUUUUUGAUAGUAUUAAUUGCAAUGAUGUUGUGAUAGAAUGCUCUCAUCUCCUCAAUGUAAUUAUGAUUCUAGGUCCUAAGAUCUAGAAAUAGACAUUUGUAUUUUUAACACUUGGAGGAGGAAUGUAAGUAUUUUCUUUAAAAGAUCAUAAUUCUCAUUAAUGUGAGAAUAACUUCAAAUUCCUCGGUAUGUAAUAAAGAAAUUUAGUUCUUAGUAGUUUUAGGAAGGAUAAUUAUGGAGUGGAAUACAGAAAGUUAUCAUGGCAGUUGAUCUUGUAACUGAAAUGAUUCUUUUUCAGAAAUUAAAAAAGUAAGUAUUCCUAUAUUCGACCCUGGAAUAUUUACAGCUAGAAUGAGUUGACUGGAACAGCAGUUUCUAAAAAAUAUUCUGAGACCUACUAGUCCCUGUGGAUAUUCUGUUAAGAGAUUCAAUUGUCAGAUGGGUCUGCAAAAUACAGGAUACUCCAUCUUUAGAAUGUACAGGUAGUCCAUCAAAGACUGAGAUGUUCUGCAGCACGUAAACUCAUCUCAUCUUGCAUAUUCUCAGCUUAUUUAACACAAAUCUGUUGUUCAUCUGUUAACAUCUCAGUCACCUAGUGUUCCUCACAACAUAGAUGGGAAAAAGCUGAC